CACUCAGACGUGUGCACGUCUUCAUCUCAUCCUCAAAAUCAGGAUGCUACAGUGUUGAUGGUCCGUCUCUUUGGCUUCAAUUAUCAACAACCUACACCAAAAGUAAAGAAAGGAACGUUUGGGCUUUUUUUCAAGUAUUAUCUGAAGUAGUUUUUUUAUCAGAGAAUGGGACCCGAUUCUCAGGGUCGUCAUUUGUCUCGAAAAAUAUUGAUACAAAUUCUCAUCAUAUUCGGUGUUUUCUUUCCCUUGGAAGUCUCUUGUCAUAAGGGUGCCAAUAAUGAGUCCAAUGAUCCUGGAGAUUAUAUUGACGGAAAUAUUAAUCUUGGGACGUUGCAUGAGAACGGGAGUACUUCUAAUGGUGACAGUGAUUAUGUCACGGGAGAAUUUCUGAGGAAAGCCUUGGUGAACCACACUCUGGCCCACGGAGGGGAACAGGACUUGGAUCAACUCAUCUUCUCCGCCAUACCCCAAGGGUCGAAAUUAGUUUUGCAAAGUGUGAAGGUGAUUGAGACGGAUGAGCACGGAAAUCCUUUAGAAAAACAUAAGAACAAAAGCAACACGGUUCACUGGGAUGUCAAAGUCACGAACGCGACGUCAGAACCAGGAGUAGAUGACGAAGACGACGAGGAUGAUGAGGACGAUGAGGGGGCGGUGGGGUUUGAACCAGCAGCAAUUGGUGGGGCUUCUACGGCGGGACAAAAAAUCUACGUGACUCCAGAAAUGAAAAGUUCUCAAGAUUUAGCAAGUGCUGGGUCUCACUCUCAAGCUAACUACAAGGCGUACGGAACGCAAGAACGAAACAAGGACAAGGUUCAGAAACAUCAUCACGGAAAUGAUCAAGGGAAACAUCACAAAAUUACGAAUACAGAUACGGAUGGAAAGACGGUAACAAAUUAUCAUGGAAAAGAGGACGGUGUAAAAGAUUACGCGAAAGAUCAAGGGAAAUCACAAACCGAUGAAGGGGAACGCUAUCGAGACACGAAGAAAAAAAACAAAGGACGCAGAGUUUCUGGGUUUAAGAGAGUGUAUCAUAAGGAAGAAUUUCAGAGGACCGAACACUUUUACGAUGAUGAAGAUGCAAAAAGAAUUGCAGAAAGUUACGGCUUGAAAAAUAAAAAGGAGGAUAGCAAGCAUGGAACCAAAGAUGAUGACCGGAAGUAUCAUGGUAAAAAAACCGAAUACACGGAUGGGAAGGAGAUAAAAGAUGAGAAAGGCACCAGCACCGGAUUUAACAAAGGACAACACACGGCCUACAAAGACUCUGAGAAACACCAGCACAAUGCACAUUAUGCCAAAUCAAAUGCACACGGCUCGCUGAGCGAUUACAAUCAAAAUAAUAAUCACCCCGAAUCCCAUGAACAGGGACAACAACAGAAGCACCAUCAUCCAAGUCAUAAUUAUCACGGAUCUUACAGCCACCCAAAAACCACAGUUCGACAACCGAAUCCAAACUACACCAAUUACUUUAUGAACUUCAAGCCUGGCUAUCUUCAAACCCAUUUUACCCCGUCGUCUAACCCACUCGACAACGCCAACACGAUCGCAGUUAUGGCCAAAGUUCCAUUGACUGCCUCCUUCGUUAUGACCGAACCACAAAGGAACGACAAGCACGACUCGUCCUCCGCUUCCUCCACCGACGACCCCUCUGGAUUUGUCAAUCAUGGCGACAACAACAACAACCGGCAUUUUAAUACGAAAAGUAUAAAACCUCGACUAGAUAAACCGGAUGAAAUGAAAAUGUACUUUUCUCCACGAAACCGGCAUGUUUCCAAGCACCCUCAUCCUCCUCCUUCUUCUUCUUCUUCCUCUUCUUCUUCUCACCAGUACCCAGGUUGGGCCAAUAAUAAUUAUAAUAGUAACAAUAACUUUCCAAGGACCACAUUCCGAAGCAAGCUUGGCAAUGCAUCCCAUGAAGAUACCACGACUAAAAGUAGUCGAAUUAACAAUUCAUCAAGUGAUAGAUACAGCAGGAAAUAUCCUAUGCUACACACAUUACUGGAUCCAAACUAUGGAGGAUAUUCAACAUUGGUGAAACUACCCGUAAACUACAUAAGUCUUGGUGGGGGGGAGGAUGCGACAAGAUUUUCGCACGGUGCAAAUGCGAGUGAGACGACGGUGGGUGACAAUUCUACUCCUCAGCCACACGGGGCAGUCUCAGAUUAUCAACAAGACGAUAAUAAUGAUCAUGCUGCUGCUGGGUCAAUCUCAGAGUCGCCGAUUUCAUACCAUCCUCGACCACCACAACGGCCGCAUAGGCCACCGCACCGUCCUCGUUGGAUAUCUCUUUCGUUGGGCGAUUCCGAGCUGGUUAAUGACAUUCAGUCUAAUCCAUUUAAUCAGCAUCCACUUCGGGACAGCGACCUGAGGCUGCUACGCCGACCCCCGCCCACCAUUUCGAACAUAAUGCGAGGAGUGAAGCACAAGUUGGCAAGGCCUCCACAAGGUUAUCCACCCCCACACCGAUACCCACCGCCCCAUCAUGGCCAAUAUGACUCGAGUAAAUAUCCUCCCAAUGUGGUCGUGCUGAACAGCAAGUCAGAAAAGGCACCGCACAACUACAGCGUCCCCGUCGGAGGUGAGUUGGACGGUGGUGACCGCAGCAAUCUAGUCUCGGGGGACACUAUUGCUCACAACAAUGGACAGAAGUUGUCCCCCACGUCAUCAUUUUCUCUAGGUCAAGGAGGUGGAAGCUAUCGUCCCGGCCAAGUGGUCCAUGUCACGAACAGAGUCCCGAACAGGACCAGAAUGCCACACACACUCCCACCAUUCAUGAACUCGCUCAUGGACUCUGUAGCUAAUUUUUUUGGAAAUGUUGGUUGAUAAUGUUAUUUAAUAUACUCCACUAAUCAAAUUCAGAGCCUUGUGUUUGUACUUUUUACUUUAGUUUUUAUGCAAUUCUACAUAAUUAUUAAAGCACGAGUGCUUUCUUCUACUUCCUUGUCAGGCAAGUAUAUACAUGGCAUAUAUACAUACAUAACAAACCGAAGAAACGAGAGCAUAUUGCAUAUUUACAAUAAAAGUAGGCAAAAUUCAUAAGUUAUCCGGUCUCAUUUUUUACACCGCCCUAUAUUAAUAAAAUAAUAUGAAAAUGUGUACCAAUAAUUUUAUCCGUUUCAUAAAAUAAAUGUUGUACAACUGUUGGUAAA